GUUCCCCCAAUCCACCUGGCUGUGAUUGGCUACUGUCCCUGGGCUCUGUAUUCGGAGCACCGCGGUCCGACGGCAACAGCAGCCGGUGUUCGUAACGCGCUGAGGAUAUUCCCCAAGUAAUAGCAGCGGGCGUUCUUCUCUUCGGUUCACGAUGACGAUGCGCACCAGACGUCGCCAGAGUAUCGAGGUGUUCCGACUGCGGCUGCGCGAGACGGUGAAUGAGGGCGGCGACGAUGAGAGCGGCAACGGCAGCGCGCGCAGUCUGUUGAGCCUUCCGGAGCAGGAGCCAGUCACAGCGCCACUUCCUAGUCCCAAGGACAGCGAGCAGCAGACUAAAUUGAAGCCGGAAGACAAACCGAAGCAGACACAGAAUCGGUCGGAUGGUCGCGUCGAGCGCACGGUUAUUAGGCAGGACACGCGGCCUAAAUACCGCGUAGAGAUUAACAUCGACGAGGACAGCGACGAGGAAUUCGUGGCCGGUCAGGAGAUCAAAAUCGACGAGGAUAGCGAAGACGAGGAGGAUAUUGACGGCCGAGAGCCCAGUGAGAAGCGCAGACCCUGUUUAAUCGCCUCGUCGUCCUCUGGUGACGAUGGUAGCACGCGGACGAUGCGUUGCAGCCUGGAUGCGGCGGAUUCUCCGUCCCCUGUGGUGGAAGUUAACGAGGUUGGAGCUAUCGAAUCUGUAGAUCAGCUUGACGAGUCUAUUGACACUUCAGAGUCCAAUGAACUGCCCGAAGAGCCUGAAAUCGCGGACUUUACGGGACCCAUACCGACAGUACCGGCCGAUAACUCUUCACUGACGGCACAGCCGAAGGACAAUAUCCGUGAAUCUCGGCGCGUUGUGCUCGUAACACGCCCCAGUCAACGGGAUAUCGAGAUGUGGACAGAGCGCGCCACGAGCACGAUGGUAAAGUCAACAGGCAGCAGUGCACGACCGACGCCCACCAGCGCACAGAGUCGACGCUGGGUGCUCGAGUACAAGCCCGUAGUGCGUCACUCCGGCUGGCUUAUCAAACGUGGCCACGGUCUGCGUAAUUUCAAGCGCCGAUUGUUCUGUAUCGUGGACAACGAGCUAAUCUAUCACGACACACACGACGCCACAGAGGUGCGUGGUCGCCUGGAUCUCACACGUAAGAGCACUGUUCAGUGUAUGCUGCACAGCGGCUUCAAGUUCUCGCAGGGCAGCUACGGUAUGGUGCUCUACGCGCUAGACAACCACGAUCGCGACUUGUGGAUCCGGAAAUUACAGGAACACAACGUCCAAUUACUACCCGAGGGCGCCAAGACUGCUAAACUUAUGAAACAGAACAGCGACAACGCAGACAAAGGCCCCGUCCUCUUCUCCGGUUGGCUACGCAAGCGUGGUCGGAUGGUUAAAUCAACAAAGCGUCGUUGGUUCGAGCUCUCGAACACGACGCUUUCGUACUUCGCACACCCGCAGGGAGGCUCUCGAAAAGGUUCUAUCGACGUCUCCCACGCGCGGGUAUCCCCUGUAGACACCCUCAAGACGGGUGAACGCCACAGCUUCCAGAUCUGUACUCCCAGUCGCAACUUGUUCCUGCAUGCUGACAGCCAAGAAGAGCGUUCGUUAUGGUUGGCUGCUCUCGCCUCAGUAGGUGAAGGCAGCUCUAGCACUACACAAGCUGGAACACCGGCAAAAACCGAUACAAACGAGUUUGCGAUGCCUACAAGCGCCUCGGAGAUUGGUCGGAUGUGUAAGUGUGGAGCUCUGGAUGAAGGAGGCGCAGCAGUUGACGGUGUUUGUAGACGUUGUAUGUCGUCGUUCAUUUCUAACACCGAAGACGCAACGAUGGACGUAGCGCGUGAAGUUCAGCUACUAUUGGCAUCUCCGUACUCCCCUGAGGGCUGCACAUCCGCUGCAUUCCUGAAGGAACAUACAGGUCGGCCGGUUUCCAACGCUACAGUGCGGGAGUUCAUGACUGGAUUAUCAGAUUAUUUGAUCCACACGCGUUUGAAGGAGCUCCAGUUACUUGCAGGCGUCGCACAGCCUGAUAGCAGCUCGGACAGUGACUCCGACGACGAUGGAGUUAAAGGCGUUAAUCCGGCUCGUCCACAAGAUGCGAUGGUGGUCAGUGAGAUCACUAACAACAUUCAGACGAUCGUCCAUGAACAGAUUGAGGAGCGUGUGUUCUUCCCUCUCUAUCGCGCGAUCUUGACGAACGUGCGUGCUCAGACUCGAGAGGAUGCGAAGGUACUGAAGGGGAAGAUUGAAAUUCUACGCAGUAAGUCGCAAGCGUUCUUCGGUAUUGGACCCGACAGCGAGUCUUCUAGUAAAUGGCUCUCAGCUUGUGCGAAGCUACGGGAGGUUGACAAGGUGAGUCUCCCGUACAUGAAACGUGCUCAGUUACUGGCUGCAUGCAAGGAGAUCUACGCCGUCUUCCAUAACGAGCACCCUACUCAGCCACCUAUGAGCGCUGACGCCUUCAUCCCGGCCUUCAUUUACGUGCUAAUCCACUCGCAUCUGCGCGAUCCGGUAGCUCUGAAGGAGAUGAUCACAUUCUUCGACUCCGGUAGCCAGGGAGAGAUCGCAUACUUCGUCACGUGUCUGGAGAUCGCACUGGAAUACAUCCGAUCGCUGUUGACAGCGUGCACUGUAGUGCUGUCUUCGAAGCGCAAGCUCGGCAUUGAGUUCUCUAAACACUCUGAAGCAGACGUCGUGGUGGUACAUCGAUUGGUUCCGGGUGAACAGGCUCAACAGAGCGGCGCGAUCAAUGUCGGCGACGUGCUUGUCGCUGUAAACGGACUGCCCGUGUAUGAGAUGGAGUUGGCAGAAAUUGUCAAAGUUUGGCGCGGCGUCGACGGAGAGGCCGAGUUCUGUUUCCUCCCGAUGGACGAAUAUGUGCGAAAGUAUGGCACGUCUUGAGCUGGAGAACCAUUUUGUUAUUAAAAGAGCUGCUGUCACCUCGCCGACAGUAGGCGAGUCCUUGACGUUUGUGUCGUUCUAGCUUUAGUAAAAUUCAGAUUACCUGUGAGGUUUCAGAGACCUAUGCCAGUGUUGUUAGAGAUCAUUUGGAAAUCGUGAAAGCGAGAUACAUCCAGCCGAUCCGAGGUAGAGAAUCGUAGUAUUAGCGCAUGUGUUGCGUGGUCUAGCUUUUCAAGCCAUUCCAUUUCGGCCUGCUGUCGCUAGAUCUCAUGUCGAAUACAUGGUCUGAAUAAAAAAGCUAUAACGAGUGCUCAGACAGUGAAGCCGGUAGAACCAGGUGGCAUGGACGCC